AUGGCUCCUAUCAACAACACUGAAGAGGCAGACUACCUCGUCCUCGGUAUCGGCAGCGGAGGCAUCGCCUCUGCACGACGAGCUGCGAAGCACGGCGCAAAGGUUGUCGCUGUCGAAUCGAGCCGCUAUGGCGGUACCUGCGUAAACGUCGGCUGUGUGCCCAAGAAGGUCACAUGGAACGCUGCUGCGAUCGCAGAGACAUUCAAGGAUGGAAAGGCAUACGGUUUCCAGGUCAAGGAGCAGCCAGAGUUCGACUGGCCAUACUUCAAGAACAAGCGUGACGCCUACGUCAAGCGCCUCAACGGCAUCUACGAGAGGAACCUCGACAAGGACGAGAUCAAGCACAUCAGGGGACGAGCGAAGUUCAUUGCCAAGAACGAGGUCGAAAUUGCGCUCGAGAACGGAGGCACUCAGCGCGUCAAGGCGAAACACAUCCUCAUCGCGACCGGUGGCCGACCAAAGAAGCCCGAUAUUCCCGGCAAGGAGCUCAUCAUCGACAGCGAUGGCUUCUUCGACCUCGAGCAGCAGCCAAAGAGCAUUGCAACAAGUGGUGCUGGAUACAUUGGUGUCGAGAUGACUGGUAUGCUGCACGCACUGGGCUCCAAGACACACUUCUUCAUCCGUGGCGACAAGCUUCUGCGAACAUUUGAUCCCAUGAUCCAGGAUGCCGUUACAAAGGAGUACGAGCGCCAGGGCAUCAACUUAUACAAGAAGACAUCGAUCACCAAGGUUGAGGACAUUGGCAACGGCAUGAAGCGCGUGACCUACCAAGAAUCAGAGUCGAAGAAGGAAUCCACCGUCGAAGUCGAGGCUGUCCUUUUCGCAACCGGCCGCGACCCCGAGAUCGAGGACCUGCACAUCAAGGACUUCGGCAUCAAGCUCAACGACAAGAACCACAUCGUGACCGACGAGUACCAGAACACCUCCCUCGACAACAUCUACGCCGUUGGUGAUGUUUGCGAUCGUGGCCACGAGCUGACUCCUGUCGCUAUCGCAGCCGGUCGCCGUCUGUCCGACCGCUUGUUCGGUGGCAAGAAGGACGCACAUCUUGUCUAUGAGAACAUUCCUAGCGUCGUCUUCGCUCACCCUGAGAUCGGUUCCAUCGGUCUGACCGAGCCGGAAGCGCGCGAGAAGUACGGCGACAAGGUCAAGAUCUACAAGACCGAGUUCACAGCCAUGUACUUCGCCAUGAUGGAGCCCGAAGAGAAGCAACCUACAGCAUAUAAGAUCAUCUGCGUUGGCGAGGAGGAGAAGGUCGUCGGUCUGCACAUCCUGGGUCAGGGCAGCAGUGAGAUCCUGCAAGGCUUCGGUGUGGCGAUCAAGAUGGGUGCUACAAAGCAGGACUUUGACAACUGUGUGGCUAUCCAUCCUGUCUCUGCUGAGGAGUUGGUCACCAUGACCUAA